AUUACCAUAUAUGGCCGGGUGCAAAUUGGAAAAAUACUUUUACUGCCUUUUGAUGUAGAAAAGCUCAAGGAAGAGAACAAACAACCCACGCAAAUGCUGCAUCUUCGGGCAUUAACUUUUAUUAAAGCUUUAUUAAAGCUAAUCGGAGACAACCGGACCUUUUCAGGAAGGGUAAUCCCCGUUCAAAACACUUGCGUCCUUCUCGAGGCGACUAGGAUUCCGAAGGACAACCAACCGCACCUUCCCGCCCGCCUUAUCCCCUCCCGACGUUUCCAGGGAAAUUCGUUGCCAGGCAACGACAGGUAGCUUUGGGCCGAGUGACGGUUUGCGCAUCAGCGUUUGAAUGUGAGGAGUUGCGCGUGGGCGGACGCGACACAAGAUGAGAGCCAGAUUUCACUCUCGGACGCGGGGAGACCAAGAAGAACCAGCCCACUCUGGUUGCCUGCGGGAAGGAGAGGAGCUCGUGCUGUCCAGGAAGACCCUAGCUUUGGGGAGCCGAAAUCCAGGGGGUCCAAAAAUAUUAACUUCAGGAAGAGAUGGUCAGCUCCAACCACAAUCAGCAUUGGAAAUCUUACAACAGCAACUGGAAUCAUUUCAAACUCUUCAACAGCAAACUUUAGAGAAUGUAAGCAUGGUUCAAACUGAAAUUCAUGAGAUACUUAAUAAAAAUAUAACUGAUAUGAAAAGUCCAGACAAUUUACUUUUCCCCACCACAUCUAUCAACAUUUCUACGCCAGGAGAAUAUCAAGAAGCUCUUUAUUUUAAGAAGCAGCUUCAUCCUGAUAAGAAAUCUGAUACUAGUCAUGAUUCAGAAAACAAGUUGAGCUCUGAAUUUAAAAACAGGAUUCUAAACAAAUACAAAAUAACUGGAAUAUCAGAAAACCAUACCCAAGAAUCUCGGAACAAAGCUGUUCUCUCUUUAAAUGAUGAUUACAUUAAGAAUUUUGGCAACAACACUUUUUCUCCAACAUACAUUGGUUUGGGCUCAGAAAAGAUGGCACAUCUUAGACUAUUAAAAAAUUACAAUGAACACAAACCCUCUACAGUAUUCCAUAAUUAUGAAAGGAAAGAAUCUUUAUCAGACAAUGUAAGUCCUUUCAAAGAUUUAAAAGAGGAAGAUAAAAAGGCUACUAGACAUGAAUUGUCACAUUUCCUUGAACUUCAGAACUCUAACAAUGUCUGUGGCAAAGACAAUGAUUCUGGUUAUUUAUCAGAACAGGAUUUAAUAGAAAAAGUAGUAGAUAUGUCAAAUUAUGAUUUUAAAUUGAGGAGGUUUUCAGAACUGGAGGGCUCAGCAGAUGCAUUUCAAGCACUCACUCCCUCAUCUUCAGAAAAUUAUCAAAGUACACUGAAAACAGCAUGCAAGGACAAAUAUAAGAAUAAAGAACAUCUCAUGAUGUUCUCCAAGAUGCUUAAAAAAAAUGAAACACAACUGCUUAAGUCAAAUCAAGAGUUUCAAAACUAUGUGGAUCUGGAAUUCUCUGAUAUAAAUUCUGUACCUGAUGAUUAUGCUGAAAGCCGUAGACUUUUACACUUGCCCUUGGGAGAGUCUGACCAUGGUCAGAAAAAAGAGAUGGUUCUACACGAAGAUAUGAAGACUCAAAUGAAACCUCUUACUGAUGUUAUACAGUGUCUGACAGAGCAAAAUUCAAAAUAUCAGAAUCAAAUUAAGGAAUUGCAUGAUGAGAAUAAUAACCUUCAAGAGAAAUUAGUUAAAUCAGAUGGAGACAGCAAGGAAUGCCUGAAAGAACUAAAGCGAUUACUGAAGAAAUGCAAAGAACUUCAACAGCAAAAGUUAGCACUGGAAGAAAAGCAGGAUCAGCUAUAUGAUCAAAAUCAGCGGAUAAUGAGAGAUGUAAAUUAUUUUCAGAAGAAAGAUCAAAAAGCCCAGGAAAGUUUGGCUAUUUUCUCAAAAGAAAAAAGUAAUCUUAUUGCAACCUUAGGAUCUUUGGAAAAUAAAGUUUUAGUACUUCAAGAAGAAAAAAAGACAUUGGGAGAUGAUAUCUGCCAACUUAAAGAAGAAAAACAAUUGUUAGGAAAAGAGCUUGGAGAAAAACAGAAUGAGAUACAAAAACUGAAAGAAAAUGAGAAGAUUGCAGUAUCAGAUAUGGAAGCUGUUCUUAGGAUGUUACAGUCAUUUAAAGAUGAAAAACUGAAUUCUGAUAAAACGUUACAUGUGGCACUGAGUUCUAAAAAAGUAUUGGAGAAAGAACUCCAGGAUGCCCAGUCAGACAGAGCUCAAGUUGAGGAAAAGCUUCUAACUGAACGUAAAAAUGCAAAAAUAGAAAGUGGAGUUUUGAAAACUACUUUAUCCAAUACUGAAAGAGAAUGUGACCGACUAAGAACCAUGAUAACUACCAUUACAGAAGACAACAAGGUUCUCAAGAAGCAGCUGAAUGUAUUUAAACAGGAAACCUAUGAAUGCAAGCAUAAAAUAAGACAACUGAGUGAAACAGUCUUACUAAAAGAAAAUGUAACACGUUCCAUAGAGAAUGAAAGAGAUGCACUAAAGUUUGAAGCACAGCGUCUUCAAAAGAACAAUGCUAACCUCAAAGAGCAAGUUACUACUUUGGUCAAUGAACAAUAUAAGCAUGAGUGCAAAUCCAGAAGUCAGAAGCAAAAUGAUUUCUCUAUAGAUUCUACUCAAAUUUGUGAAGAAAUAUCUAGGUAUCAACGUAUUUCUUUAAUGCGCGAUCUACCAGGCAGCUCCAGGCAAACUCCAUCAAUCAAUCCUUCAAUGACACUAUAAUAAAACAUCUUUGAAACCUGUUUAAAACUCUUAUCUAAUUUCUACCACUUUCUUUAAGCUUUAUGAUAACUUUUUAAAUGUUCCAGAGAUAAUCAAGAACAAUGACUUUUCACAUGUUUUUUUUUUUUCAUUUUGAGUGAUGGAAUAGUACAAAUACUAGUAAAUGUUAAUAAUGGACAGGAAGAAGCUAAAUUAUCUUGUAUCAAAUCCUAAUAACUCCUUGAAGAAACCCAAAUAUUACUUUUCCAUAUAUUAAAAAAUGCAUACGUUAGAAACGUAUCAACGACAUACUAUUUCCAAAAAAGUAUACAUAAUAUUAUAUGAGAGCAUUGUAGCUCUAUCCAAUUAAUUGAUGGUCAGAUCAACUAAUAUAAUAAUAAUAUCCUUAUAACUGAUGAAAAUAUUUUCUACAGAAUCUUUUUCAUGACCAAUGAAAAGUGAGCACCAUUGAGUUUUAUGGGAUAUACUUCCAUAUACAUGUGUUAUUCUGGAUCCUGAACUGAGAUGCUUUGCAAUUCAAAACCAGACAGAUAACUCAACGAAGAUGGUUUUAAACAAAUAUUUAAUCCAGGAAUACUUGCAGAACUCAUGGUUAUAUAGUUUCAUCUGGAUGUUGCAUAAUUGUCCAUCUUUGUAGGUAAAAUCAGUAAUUUCUCUAUAUUCACUUUAGCCUUGUUACAGACAAUGUCCAUGCGUGUGGCAUGGUUGGUUUCGCACAAAGACAAUUAAACACGAGCUGGCACCUUGCCAGGAUAUCCUGUGAUGAACUUAGUAGCCCCUCCUACUGACUUGUUAACAUGGGAUUCACUGAAUAGCUAAAGUACAUUACCCAUAAGCCAUCUCUUAAGGAGAUGGCGCUUAACCCUAUAAAUGCCAAACAUUCUAACAUACAGAUCUAUAUGUUCUGGUCAGGGUUACAUUGAUCCAGCACAUGUGCAUAAAAAAGCAAGUUUGUUGCUAAAGCUAAAACAAUUACUGCAUUAACACAAUAGGCUUUUUGUUAAAGGCAGGAAUUAUCUAGAAGAGGUGGAUGAAACUUUGAUUCCAAAAGUUGAUUUGCUGACAGUUCAAUCAAAGAAAACUACUUCAGUUUUCUGAAUUAAAAAAAAAUUAAAUCACUGAAAAAAUUGAAUUAUUUAGAUGCUGCUACACAUGUGCAGAAACAGAAUGUUUCAGAUUCAGAAAUCCAAACUGAAUCAGUUAUUUAUUUUGAAUCGUUCUAUCUGAAUCAAUCUAAAUGUUAAUGAUUGGCACAAACGAUCAAAUUGGAUUAGCUUUUUAAAUCAAAACAAUAUGAUCAGGGCUGAUUUUCACACCUCCACUAUCCAUAUUGUAACACAAUACAUUCAAAUGUUUCUCUUACCUUUCCUUAUUUAAAAAGAGAGAUGUGGGCAACCAUAAGUUCUGCAUGAACAUGGCAAGGAUAUUAUUAGGUUACUGGGGUUGCUGAACUCUUAAGAUCCAAGUACUCUAAAACAGACACUCAUAUGAACAAAUUGUUCCCAAUCUUUCAAAUCCCUUUUCAACAAUUUCCAAAAACUGAGAACAUUCUCAUUGUUGGCAUUCAGAUUAUUCUAUCCUAUGUUUAUAGCUGCAACUUUGCCCAACCUUAUUUAUAUGUAUAAAUCUAGUGAUGCUGAAAUUUAACCAGAUCUAAAUUAUCUUAUCACAAUUAUGUCAGCUAAACUACACACUGAUUUCUCAGUGUCACAAACAACUAUAUUUCCUAUCACUCACCACAUGAGAAUUUUCAGCAAAUUUAAUGCGUUUGAAGUUUGGGAAACUAAUACAGAACUAAGAUAGAACUAAAUGUAUAUACCCUUCUUAAGACAGAUUACAGAAGCAACCAUUUUAUAUUUUGUUAGUAUUUAUAUAUUCAGUAUUCUAUGAACACAGUGUUUUUGUAGUAUACUGUAAUUAAAAUCUGGAUUUUUUUUCCACAUUUGGAAUUUUAAUAAUGAACUUCCUUGGUUUCUCAUUUACUUGUCUAUUUACUUGUCUAUUUGUGUUCCAGCACAGAUCUUCCCACCCUUACUGUUUAACUGCUAUAUCUCUUAUCCAGCUUCACAUUUAUUACCAUCAACAAAAUCUAUAUCAAGAAAAUUGGCUUGUAAUUAUGCAAUUUUUAAAAAAUACAUAUUUGUUUCUAAUGUA